CGGUGGCGCAUGCGCGCUCGCCCGCUCUCGCAGCCGACUGAGAGGGAGAGAGAGGAAGGCGAGCGGCUGAGAGGAAGACCGGCGUGAGGCAGUGCGGGGCUCUUGCCCGCCUCCGGGACCUGAACGUAAGGCUUCUUCUCCCUCUGGGUUUCCCCCUCACCCCGCGAGGCCGGAGCGUGGCGAGAGGUUUCUGCCGCCAUGGACAAGAGCGCCGUGGCCAGGAUGGGAGCGGUGGCCAGCGCCAGCGUGUGCGCCCUGGUCGGCGGGGUGGUCCUGGCCCAGUACAUCUUCACCAUAAAGAAGAAGACGGGCAGGAAGACCAAGAUUAUAGAGAUGGUAGGAGCGCGCUGCCGAGGCGCUGUUUACUCGGGAGUAAAGCCCCGCUGCAGGCGCAGCGCUUCGAGCGGUUGCUUUUCGGUUUUCGUCCCCCCCCCCCCCCUUCUCGCAGUCAAGCGGUGUAUAAGUUUUCUGAAAUAAACAAAUAAUUGGUCUCCCGUCAAACUCAAUGCAGGGACACUUGCUUCUGGACUGACCAUGCUUAGGCGUCAGUUUAUUUGGUUAGCUGCUGGCCACAUGGAAAUUAGUGGAGCUUCUUGGGCCUUAUUAUUAUUAUUAACAUUAUUUAUUAAAUGUGCAUACCGCCCUUCACCCGAAGAGUUCAGGGUGGUUCACAACAGAGAAAUACAAAAUGAGAAUUUAAAAUAUGUAGUAAAACCAAAACAAACCAAUAUUGCCCCUCCCCUGUUUAAAAAGCCAUAGAAAAUGGUUCAAAAGUAUCUGGAUAUCACCUUUACAAGCAUUUAUUUGGAAGUAAGUUCCAUGAUCAGAGUUGGAGUUGCUUGUGAGCGAGUGUGCAUAGGAUCUGGCCGUAAUCUUGUACUCACUUUGUUAGGGAAUGAGGUUUAUUGAAGCUGGCAAGGCUCACUUCUAAGCAAAGUUGGUGCAGCCCAGCACUGUGCAUGAAUAAUUCAAAUGUACUCCUUAGUGAAUGUUCAUGAAUUGCAGUCUCCGCCUAAUGUGGAUUGCCCUAGGGUGUCUGUAUGCACAUAAGACUUUCUAAGUAUCCCAUAUGGAAUUUGAGGGCAAAACAUGUGCUUCCUUCACCCUGGUUUAAUUCAUCCACAGUUAGUUAAUUCUGUCCUUCAGGUUCAUGACUGUGGAAAGCUCCACCUGUAAAUUUGCAUUGAAAGGACUGGCUGGUGGGGGACUCAUGAUUUUUUUUAAUACUCCAAAAUAAUCAGAAAGACAUACAUUUGCACACUUCAUGGGAGCUGGUAUUUCUUUGAAGAUUUGUGAUGAGGGAGGAAGGAAAGAAAGAAAGUUGUUGCAACCAAACUUCAGUGAUGAGAAGUAACUGCGUGUCAAACCUUUGUAGCCGAAAUGGCAUCAUCCUUGCAGGGGGAGGUAUCAGCAAGCUCUGGGCAACCAGAGAGGAAAAUAUGGGGGGGGGGGAGACAGCCAUAUGAGGGCAGCAGAGCCUGCAUGUAGGUCCAAACCGCUAGCCAAAUGGGGGGGUGUCAGAAAACCAGGGGCCAUGAGGAAUAGAGUAGGUUUUCCUGGAAGAAAGCAUGGCAGGUUGCCUGGAACCCUGAACAGCAACUACCAAAUUUUACUGCAUGUCCUUUUUGUAUUCUCCAAAUUCUAUAUUUAUGGGGUCCUCCUUGUUCUGUAAUCUCUCCCCCCACAUGUGAGCAGCCAAUUUAUGAGUGCCAUCAAAGCUCCCAAACUUUCAGAGGGGUUUUGGUGAGUCCAUGACUCCUAAUAUAGGAGGACUGAGAUUCUUCUCAUUGUUGAGCUCCCUUUCUUCCUCCCUCAGUACCCAUUUCUUUCUUGGCUCGCCUCUGCAUUACAUCCCAGAAAGUGUUCCCUGUCAAUUGCUGCUGUAUGUCCUACACUGAGGCAAUGCUUCAUUUUCUAAAUAGCUUUUCUUUCCAAAUCUAUGCUAUUCCUUUUGCUCCCCCCCCCUCCGUUACUGCUCUCCUGCAGAAAGGAAAAGCACCCACCCACCACUGAGAGACUCCAAGGAGAUGAGGUUUAAGCUGUAUCAAGCCUCUAACAAGACCUAACGCAGCCCACCUCUGACAAUAUCACAAAAUCCACAAUUGUAGCCAAAAUAUAAUUUGUGCAUUCUAUUCCUUGAUGUUGUUAGAUAAGUAUGCUGUUACCAGUUUGAUUCUAAUUGCAGAGGUUGAAACAUCCACAGCAUAGAUUAUAGCUUUUAUUGGGUCUCCUUAUUUAUUUGUUCUAUUUGCUCUGUGCCUCCUUGGUUUCAUUAUUAUGCAAGCAUCAUAAUACAGUGGUACCUCAGGUUACAAACACUUCAGGUUACAAACUCCACUAACCCGGAAGUAGUUGCUCCAGGUUGCGAACUUUGCCCCAGGAUGAGAAUGGAAAUCGCACGCCAGCAGCAUGGCAGCAGCAGGAGGCCCCAUUAGCAAAAGCGCACCUCAGGUUAAGAACGGUUUCAGGUUAAGAAUGGACCUCCGGAACAAAUUAAGUUCAUAACCCGAGGUACCACUGUACUCUGUUUGGUAGUAAAUUUAGGAAUACCCUCAGCCUUCUUCUGUGCUUGAAUUGUGUAUGUACUACUUAGUUUCUAAAGAGGCAAAUUUCUACAGUGGUCAGAAAUGGAAUAAUCAAUAAUGUAUAUAUUGCAUUAGCUUAUCUGUGUGUGCUGCUGAAGCUUGUUUGCUUUCCCAUAUUAGUAGACUAGUUCCUAUAGAAACAGUGAUGUCAUGAUGGAACACAAAGAAUAUGUUGGCGUAGGCUUGGAACAAAGGCAUAAUGUUAGAAAAAGAGCAUACGACUUUCCUUAAAGGAAUCACAAUUGUGCACUGUUUCCUUAAACUUCACAAUUCUUCGGAAAGUCAGUAAGUAGUAACACUGCUAUUUCCAGGUUGAUGAAACAGUAGGAAGACAUACAACUUAGUAGUAUUCAGGAUUAUUUUAGUGGGCCUUACUUCUAACUGUGACUCAGUUCAGACACCAUGCCAAAGAUUAGCUAGUGUUAAACAUGAUUUUGAUCCCACACUAUAGUUUAAGAUUUCAGUAAAGGUAAGGGACCCCUGGACGGUUAAGUCCAGUCAAAGACAACUAUGGGAUUGUGGUGCUCAUCUCGCUUUCAGGCAAAGGGAACCGGCGUUUGUCCACAGACAGCUUUCUGGGUCAUGUGGCCAGCAUGACUAAACCACUUCUGGAGCAACAGAACACCAUGACGGAAACCAGAGUGUUUCAAACAUACAUUCAAAUUGUGAUUUGUAGCUGUUUUCGUUUUCUGUCUGUUGGCACACCAAGUCUGGGUGCCCUGACCCCUGAUGGUGUAGCAAUGCCUGUAACUUUGUUUUGUCAAUUAUGAUGCCUCACUAGGCCAUAUAUAAGUUUCUUAACCUUUCUCCAUGUUUGAACAGCAUGCUAAAACAGUUUAGUGUAAUGUGAAAGAGCUGGGUGAGUCUUGGUUCAUGUGUCCCUCUCAGACAAUCAGAAGGAGAGCUUCAGAAGUUUUUACUUAACCAUGAUUUGUCAUAUGUAAUCUGGACCAACAAACCUUCAUUUAUGUAAACUUUUGUUUGUUUAAAACGAGCCAACUUUAACCAUAGUUCAACAUAAUCCACAGUUUACAGCUUGGCUGAAACUCUAAAUUGUGACUAAUGAGAAAGAGAAGUAAAGGUUUUGAAUUCCUCAUGGCAGCCCUGAAACAAGAAGGGGAAGCAUAAAUAACAAAAGAAGUGUGGUUUAGGCGGUGGAAGUCUUUUAAGAUAUUUUAAUUAAAUUUUUAUUUUAUAAUGUAUGUAAGUGUAAUUCUGGAAUUACUGUUUUUGGAAAACAGCAUUUUCCUUUUUUUCCCUUUCCUUUUCUUUUUUCAUUUUUUCUUAUCUUUUAUCCUUUUUCACAGUAUAUGUUUGGCAAAUAUGUAAAUAAUUGUGUUUUUGCAGAUAUAUCUGGAAAUUUGAUUGUAUUAUUCAAUAAAGUUGUAUUUUAAAAACAAUUUAAAAAAGAGAGAGAAGGGGAAGCAUAUAAGCCCACACCUCAACUAGGUUCAUUGACAACAUGCUUAAACCAGGGGUAGGAGACAUUUUUCAGCCUGAGAACCACAUUUUGUAAUGGACAACCUUCCAGGGUAGUUUGCCAGUAUGGGUGGGGGCCAUAGGCAAAAUGUGAGUAAGGUAAUGAUGUGACGCUUUGUAUGGUAUGCUGCAUUCAUGCUACACAAGUCAGCUGUUUCUACACACACACACACCUGAAUCCAGGUAAGCAAGAGGAAUUAUGGAAGGUCAGGGAUACAUGAAGUGGGGUCAGGUAGGGGUAUGGCCUGGGGUGAGUCCUGGAGUCAUUUGGCCCCAAUUCCAGAGGUUUCCUUCUCCUGCAGUAAACCUUUGUUUAGCAUAAUAUACAGACAUAACCAUUGUUUGGUGUGAUUAGGAUUAUAUUUGUUUAAAAAGCUGAACAAGGGUUUGGAAGAAGUAAAUGCUGCCAUAUUAUGAAACCAGAAUGGGAUAAUUUUUGUUAGUGCUGAAGGACUUUCGUGCCUAGAGAUUGUGACUGCAGACUGUUGUGAUAAACAAGCACAGCUCUGUUAUUCUGUGGACUGAACACCAUUGCCUCAAAUUCUGUUUAUUUUAAAUGGAGAAAAAGCAAGAAUCAAAUCAGGCCAAUAGCUUUGGUUUCAAACUAUAUAUACCUAUGCAAGUAUAUGGGCACUGCAUUCAUUAAUAUUUAUAAAGGGCCUAUAUCUAUUAUACUAAUGACAAGUUAGGAAGCAAAUAAAACUAUAAAACAACAAUGAACAGUAGCAUUAAUAUAGUAUUUAAACUGAGCCCUUCUGCAGCAGAGGUGGAGGGCGCAGAUGAGAUCACAAAGGCUGGCUACAGUCAAUAAAACCAUUUCAUUCAGUUUCAGCUGAACAUUAAUAUUUGUUUCUUUCUGUGGAAAACAAUGCCUUACAGUGACCAAACAGAGAAUAAUAUCGAAAUGUAUAUACCCACUGAAAUCCGUACUAACUUAGGAAAACAGUUAAAUAAUAGAAUUACAGCAUUUCAACAAUUUAACAAAAUAUCAACAUAACACCGUUGAAAUGAAUAUUUUUGGAUUUGUUAAACAUAAAACCAGCUAAGUUAACAAACUGCAGAUAAAUGAGGAGGGCUGGUCUGUUUGCUUUUAUGAGGUUUAGGGAGUGUUUUCUGACCUGUUUUGGCCUAUUGGUGCAAGGAGGCUUCUGUGGCUGGUCUCUGCAGUUCCCUCCCUUGUCCAGAGUUAAGUGAAAGUGCACAGGCUAAAUUCCUUAGGUUUCUAGUUUCAGACUCAAUGCAUGCUUAAAUCAAGAAAUAUAUUUCCUAAAGAAUACUGAGCCUAGCUUUAUAGAUCAGUACUUGGAGUCUACCUGUAAGCAAAUGAGCAACCAGUGCAGUUGAGUGAGCACAUGCACUCCCUAUAUUCAUUCCUUGGCAAAAGAUGAGCAGCAGAAUUCUGAGUUGGCUGAAUUUGCAAGGAAGGAAGUCUUUAUAAUAGCCCAUGUUCACAAUACUGUAUGCCAGUGACAGGGAGCCUUCAUAGAAUCAUAGAAUGGUAGAGUUGGAAGGGACCCCAAUGCAGGAAUCUCAAUAAAAGCAUCUAUGACAGAUGGCCAUUCAACCUCUGCUUAAAAACUGCUCAGAAAGUUCUUCCUGGUGGAGGCAGCAGUGCCGCUCCCAGGCCCACACGCCUCUUUCCCAGCUUGGGCUGGCAGCAGCUUUGCCAUGCAGAACUGCUCAGCAUGCCACGACCAGCCCGAGCUGGGGGAAAAGGCACGCAGGCCUGGCAGCGAUGCUGGUGACAGGCUGGCAGUGGAGGCAGAACCACAGUUCCUACCUGAUCUUCGCUCCAGACCUCGCAGUCGCUUCAGGACUUCUGCUUCCAGGGCACUGCACCCUCCCGAGCAUGCACAUGCCCCCCAAUCAAUCAAUCAACCAAUCAAACCAAUUAAAAAUAACUCCCCCAACCCAGACAUUUCAUAUAAAAUGUAAAAAUCCGCCCGAAUGGGCAUGUUGGCCCCCCAAAAAAGAGGAAAUGUCCGGGAACACCUGGGCAUAUGGCAACCCUAAUAUAGCUGGCUAUUCAUUAUUUCUUUGCUUAAUCUUUGUGCUCUUUGGAGUUUUAACCCAAAUAAUGCUCUGUUGGACGUUUUUCCAAUUAGCAUAGGAAAAAGAAAGCCUGGACAUAUCAGAUUUGUUUGUUCUUUUCUUAAAUAAGUACAAGGUCCGCUUAUGGUUCUUUGUGCAGGAUUUAACUUACCACCAUUAAAGGAAGAAUUGGACCUAUGGUGUGUGUAUUUUUAGAAAUAGAAUUUAACCCAGUAAAUUUUUAACUUUGUGCUAGUUUUGAAAUAAUACAGGUUCUGUAAACUCAGUCCUAAAUAUGUAUGACCAGAAGCAAGGCCCUUAAAUUCAGUGAAACUUCAUUUCUGGUAAGAAAUGUAGGAGUGCAGCUUUAGAAAGCCUUGGAAUAAAAUUGCUGUAGGAGGCCUAAUGGCACCCUUUGCGCUGUCCUAGUUUCUCUGUAAACUGAUUCUUCCUAGCAUCUUGAUAGUUAUCACAAAUGUGCUGACUAAUAGUUGCAAUUUGAGUCACGAGAAAGGUCAUUUUGUUGGAUGACUGUAGAUCCUAGUAUCCCAGCACUUAUUCCCGUUUGCUGACUUUUGCAGCUGUACAGUUAUUUGCAGUGUUAGUGGAGCUAUGGGAAUGAAAAACUCACUAGUUAUGUUUAACUUGUGUUUUGAAAAGUUUUUGUGUUUAAUUUGCCCUGAAGCUGUUACACAGAACUGAUUUCUUUAUAAGAAAUAUAGCUUUUAUGUUCAUUUUUCUUGAUUCAUAGCAGUUCAGUGUUAUCCCAAAGAAAUUAUGCAAAAAAAAAUUAUAUAAUAUGAAAACUAAAUGGGAUAAGCAAAUUGUUUGUAUGUUUACUUACUUACUUACUUACUUACACACACACACACGGUAAUUCUGUCCAAACAUUUCACUUCAGUUAUUCUUGGAAUAAUAUAUUCUAGGCAUAUAACUGGAUUUUGUUUGUUUUGAUCUAGGGUUGUUUUGGGUUGAUAUUAAGCAGUAGUUUAACUCAGUGUACACAUAUUGAAAUAAUGAGCAAUUAAGCAUAGGGUUGUUUAUGGUCCAGAACAUAGUUAAGCCUUACAAAGUAUCCUUACUCCUGUAAUAAUUUGUGCUUUUCAUGUUCUUGUGGUUGCUGUCCAAGGUAGAGCGUGUGCUUAGAGAGUCUUCAUAUUUUCUUCUCCAAGUUGUUACCCAAUCACUAGGAUAAGUUGGAAAGUGCCAUCAGAACUGUGAUGGAGUCAAUGUUUUUAUCUGCUUAUUUCCAGUCUAGUUUUGCAGAUUUUAAAAUGUGUGUGUGCAUUCUUGUGCACACACAUCCUUGGGCUUGUUGUUGCAGGCAUCGUAUAAGAGCAGGUGGGUAGCUGUAAAAGGUAAAGGUGAGGUAAAGGACCCCAGGAUGGUUAAGUCCAGUCAAAGGCAACUAUGGGGUUGCAGCGUUCAUCGCUUUCAGGCCAAGGAAGCCGGCGUUUGUCCACAGACAGCUUUCUGGGUCAUGUGACUAAACCGCUUCUGGCACAACAGAACACCGUGACAGAAACCAAAGCGCAUGGAAACGUCGUUUUCCUUCUUGCCACAGUGGUACAUAUUUAUCUACUUGCACUGGCGUGCUUUCAAACUGCUAGGUUGGCAGGAGGGUAGCUGUAGAAAUGCCUACACUCACCAGGAAGAGGAGGUGAGAAGCAGUGGCAGCUGCAGGACAGCGACAAACACGAAAAAGAGUUUUUCCCCUUUGUUCUGUGCUACCACAGUUUCUUGACUUCCUUUUCCUGGGCCAGGUAGAAGGGCCUUUCUAUGAAAGCCUGCAUGGAAUACUAAGGCGAGAAAUCAUAUAGUUAAAAUAAAACAUUCUAUAGCUGUUACAACCCACUUCAUCAAAUCUAAGCAAAUGAGGAGUUUUGAGUUCCUCUGAAUAGCCAUGGUUAAAUACAGUUAUUCUUCAGUGUCCUUCUUUUGAUUUAUUAUCUUAUUCAUUAGCUGUUCUACCUUGUUAAUUUCAUUCUUUAUUCAAUAACUUAUGAUAAAGUGAGAUCAUUCCACAUAGCUGAUGUCUUUCUUGCCUCUAGUGUACCAGAGUGUUGGUUGUCAUGGUUAUUAUCUAUAGGUUCUGUCCUUACAUUCACUCAGUGUACCAAGAUACUAGUUCCAAACAUUUUUUCUGUACUGAAAAGGGGUUAGCUAAAGUUCACUCACUUAUGCUAGUUUAAAAAAUGAUUUAGACAAAAAAAUAAAAGGAUAAUUUUCUCCUUCGUUACCACAUAAGUCAGUUUUACUCAGAAUGCUUUAGGUUUAACCCCAACAAGUGCUGACUGUGUGUGCAUUGGACAAGCCAGUCAAGCAAAAGUGGUGAGUCUCCUCUUCAGGUCCUCCCCCAAGCCAGAGGAUUUAGGGUUGUGUUGUUGAUUUGUACUCUGGUCAUGUGGUGCUGCUUUUGAAUGUCAUUUCAAAUCACAAUAAAAAUAUAUAUCCAUGAUAAAGUGAGAGCUGUUGAUGUAUUUCAGCUUUGUCAGUACCAAUAUGGACUAGAGGGCUAGGGAAGGGUUGUUACUGACACCUCCUUCACUAGGGACAAGUUUGUAUGUGAGCUGGGUUUGAGAGUUUGUAUUUGGUGUUGGGCCAGAGAGACAUAUAAGAAUUCUGUUGGUGUUCUAGUGACCCCACUGCCCAUCAGUUUCCUUUCCUGGACAGGAUGAGCUGAUCUCAGACAUUGUGUUGGAAACCCCCAGGACAUUUCACUGGGGCAAUACUUACACUUGGGCCACCUUAGGGUGAUCUCCUUGGAACUUCAUGGCUGCUGUGACAAUCGUAGAGCUCUUUCAAUGUCUCCUGCCCAACACGUAUUGUCGGACACACUCCUGACCUAGUAUUUUUGACUGAGUAGCAGGUUUGAUGUCUGAAAUGGUAGGGGUUCUGUAAACCUGUCAUUACAACUAGACCAGUUCCUCAGAAAUUUGGAUUGACAAUAGCUUCCCCCCCUCUGCAGAGACGAUGGACCAUUAAGUUGGUCUGCCACCAUAUAUUUAUGGAAUAUGAUGGAUUCCUGGACAUUUUGGGAUUUUCCUUUUGACAUGGCUGCUGGUCUCACAAUGGUAUGGUGAGAUGGAAAAGGCUGUUGACAUCAUCUCUCUCAAGCAGCCUCCCCUACCUAGCUAACAUCGUGGUUUAAUAGAGGACUGUGGGCAAUAAAAAAACAGAAUGGUAGCUACAACGCAGGUGAUAAAAGUCUCAUAGCAACUACUACUGGAGACAUGGAAGAGCAUGUUAUCAGGCAGCAAAACAAUCUUCCCAGCCUUUUAAUCCUUGAGCAGCUGUUCAAUAGAAGGUUUUUGGUUUUUUUAGUGCUGAUGGAGCUAUUGCAUCUAGUUCCUGGGGAAGAUACGCUGGAACCUUUGAAGGCCUGCUACAAAACGUUUGCUAGGCACUUUGAGAAUAAAAUUGCUCAUAUUUAUUCUGACUUAGACACUGUCCUUGAUGCAGUUGUAGAAGUGACCAGAGCACCAUCUGGUCCAGUUUUAUAGGAUCUGUUUCCAUUGUUGCAGGCUUAGGGUAUAGACAAGGUGUUUGGAGAAAGGUGCCUAUCUUGGCUUCUUGUUUCGAGCCAAAGAGGAUUGCCUAGGUGGGCCCACAAGGUUACAAAUAUUUCAGUGAGAGAGGUGCUGUGAUGAAGCCUGAAGUGCAACAGGGUAGAAGAUACUGAAGAUGCCUGGGCAAGGCAGAAAGCCAAACUCUUAAUACUACACCAGAUCUGGUCAAGUCAGUGGCAUUAUAUUGCUUGCCACUUCAGGUGCUGAUGCUUGCACACCAAGGUUCGUUUGCUGUGCUUAAAGAAGGCUUUCCAACCUGAGUAUACACAGUGCCAGAUAGGUCACCAUGAGGUUUCUGGUUGAAGCCUUGACAAAAAUUUUGAUUUAGCUUUCCAUAUAUAUUGCAUCAUAAUAAAUAUUAUUCUGCAGAUUUGUGGAUCUGUAUGGUUCUGAAAUUAUUUGAUAUAUAGUAGAGGCAGAGUCUUUGCUAAAGUCUCACAACCUAGUUUAAAGCAGUUUUAAUAGUGGUCAGCUUUAGUAAAAAUUACUUCAAAAUAACAACAACAGACUUUCAAAUAAGGGGUAUGAUGCGUUGCUGUAGGUUUUUCCAGUAACUUUCCCUUGCUGUGGAAAAUAUUCAAAUGGAAACUCCUAGUAUUAUCUCUUACUGGCCAUAUUGGCCAAGAAACAGCAACUUCUUAAGCAUUUUAACCUUUACCCUCAAUCUACCCUGACCUCAGUUUCUUAAGUAUUCACUUUUCCCUAUUCAGUGUGUGGCAUUAAGGAAUUUUUUCCCCCAUCACAGUAUUAGUAUGUUGUGCUGAUAGAAUUGUAAACUCCAUUAUACUGUGAAAUUCUUUGGUUCCUGUUCAGCUUUGUGUCAUGUGGUUUUAUCAUUCCUCGCAGCUGACACAGCCUUAAUUUGACACUCUUGAAAAACUUUAAUAAGUGUUACUUUAAGGAAACUAAUAUACACACAAUGUUAGACAUCUUACAGGCUAUAUAUGGAUGUCUGUUAAAACCUUGCCAUGAGCAAGCUGCAUUAUUUUCAGAAUAACCUCUGUGCCAUGUUUCAGCUAAAGCAUUCCUGGAGAUAAAUUAUAAAACCAGUAUACUUCUCAAAUAUUCCUUUUGUUAGGGACAUCCCUGAUUUAAUCCUUACGUCUCUGCCUCUCAUUAUUCUUGGAGCAGACAGUUGAACAACUGUAGACUUUAAUAUUGAAAAAGACACUGGCUUUGUAGGAUGUAUUGCUUCAUUUUGUUCUUCAUAGAAAAUCUGAUUCCACACUUUGGAGAAAUUUUCCUCCUUCAUUGUGGCAGAAAUAUUAAUAAUAGUAUAUGGGCAUACAGUGUGUGUGUAUGUGUGUAUCACAUAUAUAUAUAAAUUUACAACGAGGAGAUGGUCCUCUAAUGCCAAUGUUCUUCGACCCUGGGUCCGCAAGCAAUGUUGGACCACAACUCACGUCAUCUCUGACCACUGGCUAAACUGUUUGGGGAUGAGAGCAGUUGUAAUCCAACAACAUCUGGAGACCCUACAUCUGGAGAACAUUGCUCUAACCCUAGAAAUGUUCCCAUUUGUUUUGUAUCUGUCGAAAAACAAUUAGGCCUUCUUCUGUCUUCCAUAUUCAAACCAAUCAACCUUAUUGACUUCUGCCUCAUGACUCUAAUUAAAACAUUUAGAAGUACGUAUCAUAAUUUACCUCAUCUGUGACUUAGGCAUCAUAAGGCAGAAAUAUUGUUUACUCCAGUAAGUCUCAGCAGCAUGUUGAUAAUACAUGGCUCGAAUUCUUUAAAAUAAUAAAAUAGGAUUUGCUUUCCACAUAAGCGCUUUGCUCUUGUUACAGCAGUCCUAAUUUGCCUGCUGAUCAGUCAGAACUGCCUGAUUGUUGAGGUUCUGGGGUUCUGUUGUUGCUUUCUCAUCUGAUCAUCUGCAAAUCUGGCAGGCUGGAUUGUUAUGCCGUGCCUUCCUAACGUACGUCACAGGGCUCGGGUUUUUUGCUCAGGGAUUAGUCAGGCUGCUUUUGGAAACGCCCUCAGCUGUACCUUAUGCUGCUAUAUUAGUGUUUACUUAGCUGGAAGAAUUUUCUUUUGGCUGCUGCAGCUGCCUCAGCAAGCUCCUCCGGUAAGUUGUAAACAGAGCUUUGGCUUUUGAGCCAGUAUUGCCAGCUUUGUGCAGGUUUAUCUUAUUUUGAUAGUUUGCUGCAAAUUCUAAACAUCAUGCAAUUCAAUCCUGUCCAUGUUUACUGAGAAGUAAGUGUGUUUAGCAGGGCUUACUCCCUGGUAUAUAUUCAUAAAAUUGUCAUUUUAGAUUGUAAUCCUCUGCAUCCUUACCUUGAAGUAAUCUCCAUUGUACACAGUGCAACUUGCUUCUCAGUAAACAUGCUCAGGAUUGCUCUGUUAGCGUUUUUAACUAUAAAUAGAAUAAAUGAAUGGAUUUGUGGGUUGACCCAGACUGUUGAAAUCUGUUUAUAGAUCAGAAUGUAUAUGAAUAAAUUUGGAAUUAUCCAGAUUAAUCUCUGUGUAUACUUUGUUUGGGACGCGGGUGGCGCUGUGGGUAAAACCUCAGCGCCUAGGACUUGCCGAUCAUAUGGUCGGCGGUUCGAAUCCCCGCGGCGGGGUGAGCUCCCGUCGUUCGGUCCCAGCUCCUGCCCACCUAGCAGUUCGAAAGCACCCCUAAGUGCAAGUAGAUAAAUAGGUACCGCUUUAUAGCGGGAAGGUAAACGGCGUUUCCGUGUGCUGCUCUGGUGCCGGUUCACCAGAGCAGCUUCGUCACGCUGGCCACGUGACCCGGAAAUGUCUGCGGACAGCGCUGGCUCCCGGCCUCUAGAGUGAGAUGAGCGCACAACCCUAGAGUCGGAUACGACUGGCCCGUACGGGCAGGGGUACCUUUACCUUUACCUUUAUACUUUGUUUAUACACACAAUACUGACCGUUGAAUAAUGUGGCAGACCAUUUCUUAAGCGGUUUGCUUGGUUUUUGUUGGCAGCCUGUAUGCAAGCCCUGCAUCUCUGGAGUCUGCUUGUCACCUGUGCUGUUGCAGUAGGAAAGCAUCAAGAACAGAAGAAGCAAGAGUGCCCUAAACUCAGCACACAGGUACUCCCCCUUAAAAAAAAAAAAAGGAAAACUCCUGACAACUCUGUUGUCCAAAAAUAACCACAGUCCAGACUUCAACACUUAUUUUUCAUUUUGUAAGUGUUGCAGAUCCAAAGUUCAAAAUGACUUCAAGUCUAGAGAGUUUUCUAGCAUCAAAAAAUGUUCUGAGUAAGACUCUUAACUGUAGCAAGCAUCCUUUACUGAUAUGAUUUUUUACGUGUUGCUUCAUCUAUAUACAUCAAGACCUUCUAGAUUUAUUAAGCUUAGUUUGCAUGCAACCACUUUGUUAUUCUUGGGUGUGAAGUGCAUUUCCAUCCAUUGCAUCAUGCGAUCAGUUGAAAAGAAUUUAGUAGUAGCAAAAUGUGUGUGUCUGUUAGUGUAUCAGUAACAUGCAUGCAGCAGAAGUUUAUAACAUGUUUGUGUAUGUUUUAGUUCAAGAAUGAGAUAAAUAACACUAUCAGGUAUACUUCUUAAACAGCUAAAGCUCUGUGCUUUUUAUGUGCUGUAGUAAUUGUCAUUAAAAGUUUUGUCUACUAAACCUGGGAGAGAGCUGAUAGUUCUUUCUCAUUUAACUGACUAUUACCAUCACUGCAAAAAACUUUAAUUUCUUACCAUAAUAAGUUAUUUUUCUUAAGUAGACAACACAAAUAAUAACAUAUACCCCUAUAACUCCCAUAAUCUGCAAGUAUUUUAGCCAGUGGUCCAGGUUGAUGUGGGUUGUAGAGUCUGACAACAUCUGCAUACUCAGGGUUGAAGAAUACAGUGUCUGGAUUACAAAGCUGUUCAAAGCUUGGAAUACUAGCUUUUAAAAAAAAACUUAGUCUGAUCCCAAACAUUUAUAUUUGAAACUAAGACGCAUCCAAUUUUUUUCUGAGGUUACUGUCUUGUAACCUGAUCCUAUUCCUAGCCAGGGCAUCAUGUGGCAGAUGAGUGAUCAAAAACUAUCCAGCUCUAUCACACUUUCUAUUAUAAGCAAGGGGAUAAUGCCUUGCUGCCUUUAGCUGCAAAAUUCUCACUUUGGUUGCUGCAGGUCCACUGUCCCCUACACUACAGAGGGCCUGCAUGCAGCAGUUCUGCCCUAAGGAACUCAUUGCUUAUAGGGGACUCCCCUCCUCCAAUUAUGUACCACUAAAGGUAGUGAGAAAAGCUCCCAGCAGCCUAUAUAGCAGGGGACACAAUCCAGUCCCAUUCUUUGCAACACAAAGGCAGCACAGAACUCCAAAAUUACAGCACAAAUUUUUGAAACUGCAUAGAUCUUAAUUUGUUGCCAUAUUUAUAUUAACCAUGCCUCACGCCAUAAAUGCAACUGAUUGUUACUUUUCAUAAUUAAUCCUUGCCACAUUUCCUAAGCUGUAUGUAGUUUGUAUGUAGAAUGUUUUAAUUCGUAUCUUUUAGAAGGAAAAAGGCAAUAAAGCUCUUCCUGAUAAGAAGUUCUACCAAAACUGAAAUAGUUAAUGUAGAAUAGAAAUUAAAUUAGCUUGUUUUUUCAGAAGGUUGUAAAGUAGCUCUUUACUUUAAAUAAACACUGAUAAACAGACUUGGCAAUGCUGUGGGAACUUUAUAUACCAGUAGAGUAGGCUUACAUGGCUAUCUGUUUAUAAAUACACUGUUCUGUUGUUUGCCGUCCUUAGGAGUCUUGUUUCAAGGUGUUUCCAAAACAGUGUAAUGAAUAACUGUAGCUGACAAUGUUUUAAACUUAGAUAAUUGUAUUUAAUAUUAUAUUUGCAGCUACUGUUCUUCAACAUGCAUAGUAUUUUAUGGGUAUACAAUUUUAGCACCAUGUAAUUAGCACUGAAAGACAUGGCCCCCUGUCACUCUUGGAACAGAUGGACAAAUCCGUUCCUAUCAGCAGCCAGGUAUGACUGUUUGCUUUGUUGAAAGAGAUAUCUGAGCUAAGUAUCUGAAAUAUUUCUGAAUGAGAAGUUUAUCUUAAACAUUAAAUCACAUAAUUCAGAAUGUAUUAUCUGUUCUUAGCAAAACAAACUGUGCUGUUCUAAUACACACUUACUUGGGAUGAGCAUAGGAUUGCUUUUUUAAUCAGUUAAGGGCAGUUUUAGGAAAAUAAAAUUCUUUAAAAUUGGGAUGCACAGAGAUCAGUGAUAUGAAGACAUAAGCAACUUAAAGUCCAGAUAACCUUAUUCUUACUAGCCUUUCUGGGCCCUACUAUCUGCAAUCUUUAACUAGCGGUUCCAUGUGUCCUGUCUAACUGUAGUUAAGCAGAGGGCUGCAAGUACCUCAAGUAAUUAUUAACAAAGUAGAGCUUUGUUUAUGACAGCAUUCUUGUGGUACUACUAAAUCUUAUGUUAGCACUCUGUGCCAGACCAUAUUGGCUUAAUGUUGCACUGAAAGAAACCUUAAAUUUGCUUAGACUUCUUCAAAGUUGACAUGUUUGGGGAUUGAUUGAGUAUAAAGAACUUUUCUACUUUCAGCAGACAAUAAGUAUAUAGGAAUGUCUAAUAAAUUACUUAGUAAUUUUCCUCUGAGUUUGUUCACGUAAGUAUGCUCUAUAUUGUCAGAAAUAUAGAAAAAUGUAGUAGAAGCAAUGAAAUAGGGCAGAAGCUUAGUUCUUUAAAAUUGCAGGUUAAAACCAUAAGGUCCAUCUUCUGCAUUUUCUUUUAAAACUAAUUUCUCCCACCGAAAGAUCAAGUACUUUUGAUCCUAAAGCUUGCAUUGGGACUUAAAGUGUUAUUUCUCCUUUGUACUUACAACUCAGCUAUACAGCUGCAAAUAAAACAUUUUAAGUGUGUUGUAAAGUGCAUUAUACAAAUGUGACACUAGAUGGAGAUGGUGAGCUAAUGGCAAAUUCAGUAUAUUUUUUCAAAACGUUUUUAACAAAAGCAUUUUCACAAUGUUUUUAUAUGUGUGUAAAUUCCACCUUAGCUUCCCAAGCCUUCCAGUUUAUACCAUGUUUGUGCAGCUUCUUAUAUCAGUACUACCUUCCUUAGGUGAUUUUCAUAAAGCAAUAUUAAGAAAUAAACUAGUCUUUUUGGAUUAUUUUCUUUCUGGCAAACAAUUUUAUUUUUCCUUAAUAAACAAAAAAUAGAAAAUAACUAAGUAAAUUUGCAUGAUGUUUACAUGAAGCACCAUCCCACUGUUAACACUGUAUUUGUGUCAUCAUUUUUUAAAAUUAGGAUCAGUUAAAAAUUGAUACACGCAUAUUCCAGUUUGGUUUCCCACUGGUAUAUGCUAUUAAGGUUAAAAAAUAAUAGGGCUUGUUGUCUCUGUUACUGAGCAAUAGCUUAUCAACCAGAUAAGUAGAUUUUAGCUUAUUGUGACAAAACAGACAGCUCACUUGUGACCCUCCUAGAGGAUUUUCAACAAAUACAGAUUCCGUCCUCUUUAAGAUUUAUAUACCACUUGCUUGUAGUAAAGCCUCAAAGCAAUAAAACAAUAACAUUAUCAGCCAAAGCAGUUAGAGCAAGUAUUUAGAACACUAAAAAAAUGAAAACAGCUAAAAUCGGAUUAAAAUGCAUGAUAGCUUCCACAUGUCUGGCUGGCCUUGGCUAAACAAAAAGGUUUUCAGCAGACACCGAAAAAGUGCAGUGAAGGCACCCAACGUCAACUAUAGAGGGGCAAAGUUUUGUGCCCAGUAGCUUCUGUGUCGGAUUUUACUUCUGUAUGUAGCUUAGCAAGAAUGGCAUGCCUCAACCAAGAUACCUUCAGAGCUAUGUCAGCAACACACAUACUGUCAUAAUGGAUUCCAUUCUUUGAGAGACAGGAAGCUUGUCAUCCUUCCUGAAAGGAUGUUGCCAGGAUGUAAUUGUACUGUUCCAGCUCUUAUCUCUUGGUAAUAGUUCUUUCCUAGCUAUGUUGAUUACAUUGGUGAUAGGACAAGAGAAUGUUUGGUUGCUUUGUCCACUGAAAAUAAUGUGGUUUGAUCAAAAGAUAUCCCCCAGGUGAGUUGCUGCUUUGGGGGUGAUCUGCAAAGCCUACUUGCUUCUUCCAGUCUUUCCCAUGUUAUGCACAAGAGUCCUGCCUAUAAGCUUUAGGCUUUGAGUUACGCAAAUCAUUACUGUCUGCAGUCUGCACUACCUAUGUUGACUCUGUGACUUCUUCCAAAUGUGCUACCUGGUCUGUCAGGGACUCUAUAGAUCACUGCGGAUGCUGUGUGGCCUAUGGAGAUCAGAAUCCUAGGGUGGGGUGCGAAUAUGAGGACUUGUGUUUAUAUACAUGAGAGAUCGGAGUUGAAACUUGAUAUAACUUCUUUCUUGCCAAUGCAUGCAAUUAUGCUUUCAAAGGAUCUUCCAAAACUAUGAUAAAGCUUUGAGGCCUGCCACUAUACAACACAUUUAUUCAGUCUGUAUCUAACAACAUGGUAACAGCAGUAGUGUCUUUGUGCUUCAUAUGCUCACCAGUUGCAAAGUGCUUAUAAUUACAGUCGAAAGUAAAGAGUUUUGUGAAUAAAUGUAAAGAUGUUUUGAUAAAGAUUUGUAUGAAUGUUGACUAAGCCCACUCAUCAUUUUCCCUUUCUAAAGAAAUGGUAGUGUAUUUUAUCCUAUAAGCCUGAAAUCCACAGAACUUGUGAAAUGCUCUAUUUUAUAAAUUUAAUAUCUACCCCUUGUGCACGUUUUCUAGAUGCCAGAAUUUCAGAAGAAAACUGUCCAUAUCAGGGACCCAGAAAGGGUGGAAGAAAUUAUCUGUGGUCUCAUCAAAGGAGGAGCUGCGAAACUUCAGGUGAAGACUAAAACACAUUUGUAGAAAUUAACCAUCAUGCAACUGUUGUUUAGCAAAGUCAAAAUCACUAUAUAUAUACAGACAUUUACUAGAUCCAUAGAGUUGUGGGAUUUAUUUAAAUAUUCUUAGUAACACACUCAUCACAACUCAGGUUUUAAUUGCAUCAUUUUUAGUAAUGCCUUUUUGAUUAAUAAUGUUGAUGCACUGAUAUUGACUACAUUUGCUUGAAUUUUAGGGGUGAUCCUAGACUUGUACGCUUCCCCUCCACCCCUUUUAAUAAUAAUAAUAAUAAUAAUAAUAAUAAUAAUAAUAGAUUUAUACUCUGCCUGUCCUGACUGGGUUUCUCCAGCCACUCUGGGCGGCUCCUAACCGAAUAUUAAAAACACAAUACAGCGUUAAACAUUAAAAACUUCCCUAAUCAGGUCUGUCUUCAGAUGUCUUUUAAAAAUAAGAUGCUGGGAGGCACCACUACCGAGAAGGCCCUCUGCAUUCAGCAUGACCAUGAAGAGGAGGAUGGAAUAUUUUGCCUCUGGUUUAGACUAACUGCAGCUUCGUAUUACAUCUGAACCCUAAAUUGUGUUUAAUCUAAAAAAUGGUUUACUAAAAUAAUCCACCUUCGCAACUCAUGAUUUGAAGUUUGCUUGUUUUUAUAAACCAUAGUUAAAACUAACCUCAGUUUGUCCUGGUGCUGAUAUUGUGCUAACCUGUGGUUAGUCAAACAUGGCAGCAAAAAGUUCCAAAUUCCUUCUUGCAACCUUUCCAGAGGAGCACGGGAACUCAAGGUUCACACACACUUUUCCUCAUACUUCUACACUAUGAGCCAUUCAGUGUAUAUUUUUUAAACUUUGUCCCUCGCUUAAAUUCUAGGCAUUUAACAUUUGUGCUCGUGAUUUAUAAUUUGUUUCAUCUGCCUUUUACAGAUAAUUACAGACUUUGAUAUGACACUGAGUAGAUUUUCCCACAAUGGCAAAAGAUGUCCAACAUGUCAUAGUAAGUACUAUUUAUUGUUUAUGAGAUAGGCUGCAAACAUCUAUCUACUCACCUGGUAGAAAGCUCCAUUGAACUCAUUGAAAUUUCUGAAUAGGCUUCUCUAGAAUUUAUGAAUUGUAUCCAAUGCUCUGGGUGUGGUGCUUCCAUUUCCUCUUCCGAAAUCUACUCCAGAGGACUCCCCAUCCCUCUGAAAUAAAUUUUGUCGACCCACAGGGGGCUAGAGGGAAAACAAAGGAAGAGGAAGUCUAUUGCAGGUAGGGAAGUUCAUUGCAGCAAUGGAGCUGGAGCAUUAGAUAUGGUCUGUUGUAUAUUUAAGUAGAUACUAGAAUUAUAAUACUAGGUGAUAAUCAGUAUUUGAUCCUAAGAAGUCCCCUCUCUCUUCAGUACCCUUAGUAAUGUUUUUCUUCCCUUGCAAUUUAUUACACCUCGUUCAUGAAAACUCUGUGUAUGCAUAUUAUGCAAAUAUGGGGUGGAAGAUCCUCCUUUAAUUAAAUAAGUUAAUGAUUUUCAAAAGGAGAUGCUUUGAUGUCUGUAGCUCUUUUUAACACACUGAUUUUAAUCAUUGCUUUAUAACUUCUAAAACAAAUAGCAUUGUUAGUUUUUUUUUAAACAGGUUAAAACUAUUGCACUGAUUUAGGGCAAGUUAGAAUCAUGCACUGUUCUAAUAACAUUCUGUACAUCUUUCAGACAUCAUUGACAACUGCAAACUUAUAACAGAGGAAUGUCGCAAAAAGGUAAUCCUAAAAAUUACUUAUUUGCCCCUUGUUGUGGCCACUUACAGUACAACACUUGUAAAGGAUUACUCCACUCAAGCUUAAUGUCAAAUUAUUUCACGAGUGUGCUCUGUUGGCCCCACUUUUUUCUCUUUUCUCAAAGUGUGUUACACUUAUCUCCCAAGUGAAAAUAACAUUUUCUGCAUCUGAUGGUGGACUUCAGUACACAACGGUUUAUGCCACAGUGAAUUCCAAACCCUUGGUAUGUUGCACAGGAUGCAGUGGUGGUUUUCUUCCACUCAUCCCAAAGCAGUUCCACUGGUCUUCCCCCAUGAUGUGAUCCUGCAUCACCGCUCUGGCACAGAACUCUGUUUUGCCUGCCAAAAGUACAGGUGGGUGGAAGUACCACUGAUGGGAUGGUUCAAGCCCCUUGUGUUUGAAGCUUUCGGCAGGAAAACACAAUGAGAAUCCCAAGAUCCACUGGAUUCCAAACUGGCCCUUGAUGGCAUUGGGUCCAAUCAAUAUGCCAACUUUUAUUUCUUAUUGUUGCUUUGUUAAUUGGUUUUUGAGCCAUAAAGCAAAAGUCCUUAACUGAAAUAGAUUUUUAAUGUGGAGGGUGAAUAUUUCCUGAUCUUUUUACUGAAAAGCUUUAGCACUAGGGCAGCAGCAGCAGCAGCAGCAGCAAUCCUCCAUUGUGCAGGGCACCCAAAACCAGGAAAUUAUUCUUAUACACAUGUUAACAGGAAAUAUACAAGGAUUAAAGUAGCAAAUUUGUUUAGAUGAUUUGAUCAAAGCACAAAAGUUGUCAUCAUGGAGUACAACAUAUGCAGAAUGUUUGAACUUUUUUUUUUCCAGUUGUACCAGUUGAAAGAAAUGUAUUAUGCUAUUGAAAUUGAUCCAAGUCUUACAGUUGAAGAGAAGUAUCCUUACAUGGUUGAGUGGUAAGUUUUCUGUAAUGGUUAAUAUUAUAGCAAACUUUUACAUCUUAAUUGUUAGAUUGACUUGAUUACUGAAGCACGCUUCCAUAUUUUACACUCAAAAUUUAAAAUGAAUUCCAAAAUAUAAAAUGAAUUUAAAAUGAAUUCCAAAACAAUAUUGCAUGAGUAAACAUUCAUUGUUUUGGUAAAACAAUAGCAGCCAAUUAGAGUGUACCAUUAUGUACAAAAGGCAUAAUCUAGUAGUUAGAUUUCUUUCAAAAGGGUUGCCUGAGUUAUCUUUUGCCAUGGAGUUUCCAACACCCUUCUUUCUGAUAGCAGUUGUCAAAAUUAAAGGCAUAAAAAUCUUCCAGUGCUGUUCAAGAAUUUGUGAUCAGGAAAAGGGGAAAUACUGUGCAGCUUAAAUGGCUCUUUAGAUAUGUGAUGGAGAACUUAUGGCACAAAGGCCAUGUGUGGCCUACUGUGUAGUCCUAUGCAAAAAUUCAGUUUAGACCUGUUAAAGGAGGAGAAAAAUUGAAAAAGCUGAAAUAGAUGGAUGAACAUUGGGGGGAGAGGGUGGGAAUUCAUGCAGUUGCUUUUAAUGUAGUUAUUGUUUAGCAGUCAAUUGAAGUAGCAUUAGGGAAGCUCUCUAAAACACUUUAUUUUAUGCAUUUUGUUGAUACCAUUUGAUAUAGUACUAUUUCAGUGUCCUUGAAGCUGGUUAUAUUAUUGUUAAUAUCUGAUUGCAUAUGUUUAUCAUAUAUGACUCAAGAUUAUAUAGUCUAACCACUUGAUAGUGAUUGAUAUGUUUUAAUGAUUGAUUCUAUAGAGAAUUGAAAAUGUUGCAAUGUCCUUAUCAAAAUAAAUUAUUUGGAUUUCUGUGUUAUGUUUUCAAAUGAGUUAGCAUAUACAGUGGUACCUUGGUUCUCGAACAUAAUCCAUUCCGGAAGUCCGUUCGACUUCCGAAACGUUUGGAAACCAAGGCAUGGCUUCCGAUUGGCACAGGCACCCCAGAAACAAUAGCCGACAGCCGUAUCUUACUUCCGGGUUUUCGGCAUUCAGGAGCCGAAAUGUUUGAGUACCAAGGCAUUCGAGAACCAAGGUUCCACUGUGGACUGUUGUUAUAAUGAUAUAUUGAUAUAUUGAUUUGCAUUUUUUGCUGUCAUGUUGUAACCUGCUUUGUGGGCAUUUAUGUGAAGAAAAAAGCAUGGAAAUUAAAUAAUAAAAAUUAAAUACUUCACACCUAGGACUUUAGGUUAUUAUGCUACAGAUUUCACUUUAUUACAUUAAAGAUUGGGCUGGCACAUUGUUUGUUUUGCUUUGACUAUUUUAUCAAAAUAUCUGUAGUGCCUGUGGUUCUCAGAAUUCCAAAAGUGCCUAAAAAAGUCAGCAACCCUAACUUGAAACAUUCUUUUUCCAGUAAAAGAGAGUGAAUUUUUACCCUACAUGAACACGAAUAACAUGUUUUUGGUGUUUAUUUUAGGUACAACAAAUCACAUGCUUUGCUUAUUGAACAAGGAUUACAAAAGCACAAACUUGCUGAAAUUGUGAGGGAGUCUGAUGUUAUGCUGAAGUAAGUAAGAACCUAGUAUUCCGUUUCUCUAGUUUUGUAAAUGUGGCAUAAUAUUAGAUUUUAGGAAGGGGUUUCUUCAUUGGGGAUUACAGAAAUGGAAAGCUGUUACAUGCCCAUAUGUGCUCUCCAAUUUUAAAAAAACAGAUUGGAUUAGCAGGCUAGUGUCUCCCCUUCCUUGCACUACUUAAGCAGAAUGCUUGAGUUCCUCUCUUCUCUAUCCAUACAUCUAUUAGGUUGAAGUACAAGGAUCUGACAUGCAACCUUUACUUAUCUUCAUGCCCUCUAGCCUGAGGAAUAGGAAAGUAGAUGUUGCACAAGCUAGUUAAUUUUUUAAAAAUUCCCUAUCUUGUCAUUUUUACAGAUAAGGUGCAGCAAGAAUUCCUGCUACACCCUUGCUUUUUGAGAAGCAAACUGUUUUACGUUUGCAAAGCAGAAUGACCUGAAGGACAUGUUGCUCAAAAGAGAACAGAUAUUUGUUAAAGCAUUUUUCUUAAUAUUUUUAUUGAUUUUAAUGCAAAAUGUCAUCUUCGAGCAAAUGUUUUAGAUUUUGAAACCAUAGAUAAAUAAACUUUCCAUUAAAGAAAAAAAAAUGCACCAGCAUCUUGCCUAUUUCAUUGAUAUUUUAGGAGGAGGAUAUGUUAAAUUUCUAUUUUUGCAAUAAAAAAUGUAAUAUCAGGCUUUAGUUCCUUUUCUAAAAAACAAAUCUGCUUUUACAGAGAAGGGUAUGAGAAUUUCUUUGAUAAACUCCAUGAACAUAAUAUUCCCGUAUUCAUAUUUUCUGCUGGAAUUGGAGACAUCUUAGAAGAAGUCAUUCAUCAAGCAGGUGUCUACCAUCCCAACGUCAAAGUAGUUUCCAACUUCAUGGAUUUUGAUGAGAAUGUAGGUAUAAACAUAUCAAAUGCAUACUGUUAAUUCAUUGCAACACAUCCUGUACUACUAAGGAAGUAGCUUCCGACUCGAGCAUUAAAAUGGGCAUUUCCUAUAUUAAAGCCAAUCAUUAGGUCUGGUCCAGAAGCUUCAGUUGGUGCAGAAUGCAUCAGCCAAACUGCUGAUGGGGUCACAUGACCAACCGUGUAACACCAUUGGCUGCUUAUAUACCACUGAGCCAGGGUCAAAGUAUUAACGGUAAUUUUCAAGUAUUUAUAAAAAAAAUGUAUUGGGUGUACAAAGUAGAUUGGUUAGAAUCAAUUAAGUAACUUAAGUCUGUUGAGUUCAGUGUGUCUACUCUGGAUAUUAGACUAAAUAUUAGACUAGAUUCAAAGUGGGAGAGGACACAAGGUUUCCUAGAGUGAAUGAAUGAGUUUCCUUUGAAUAAAGCAUUAUUCUCACUAUGAUAAGCAUCAUAUAAUUGAAGUUGGUUGAAAGAAUAAAGCCUCUUGGAAACAUUCUAAAGAGACACAGAAGGGACGUUUGUUAAUUUGCUAAGACCAUUCUUAGAACUAACUAAUGUCAUGUUUAACAGGGUGUAUUAAAAGGAUUUAAAGGGGAACUGAUUCAUGUUUACAACAAACAUGAUGGUGCCUUGAAAAAUACAGAGUACUUCAAACAGUUAAAGGACAACAGCAACAUCAUACUGCUUGGAGAUUCUCAAGGAGAUUUAACUAUGGCAGAUGGAGUGGCAAAUGUUGAACAUAUUCUUAAGAUUGGGUAUCUCAACGAUAAGGUAAGUCUUUGUCUCUUUGAUAAGCAUAAGGUCCAUAAUAUUAGAUUAUAUGGUCAUGUAUACCUUUUUCUAGUGGGACGUGGGUGGCGCUGUGGGUUAAACCACAGAGCCUAGGGCUUGCUGAUCAGAAGGUUGGCGGUUCAAAUCCCCACAACAGGGUGAGCUCCCGUUGCUCAGUCUCUGCUCCUGCCAACCUAGCAGUUCGAAAGCACAUCAAAGUGCAAGUAGAUAAAUAGGUACCCCUCCGGCGGGAAGGUAAACGGCAUAUCUCUGCACUGCUCUGGUUGGCCAGAAGUGGCUUAGUCAUGCUGGCCACAUAGCCCGGAAGCUGUAUGCCAGCUCCUUCAGCCACUAAAGCGAGAUGAGCGCUGCAACCCUAGAGUCAUCCACAACUGGACCUAAUGGUCAGGGGUCCCUUUACCUUUCUACCAUUUUCUAACACAGAAUGUGUUCAAGGGUAGAAGCUUAAUACAGUCAAACCUCGGAUGUAGAACAUAAUCCGUUCCAGAACACCUAUUGACUUCCGAAACGUCCAACAACCUGGCGCAGCUUCCGAUUGGUUGCAAGAGCUUCUUGCACUCAAGUGGAAGCCAUGUCGAACAUUCAGGUUCCGAAAAACGUUCGAAACCCAGAGAAUAGGUUAGGACUGUUAAAUGUACUGCUUCCUGCUACAAAAGAUCCUAAAGCAAUUUACAGCAAAAGUAAAACUAAAUAAUAAAAUUACAUAAGCAUACUUAAAACAUAGUCAAGCAUCCAAUCAUUGGUCCUUUUCAAAUACCCAAGAAACAAGAAUGUAUUUGCCUGACACCAAGACAGAGACAACGUUGGUUUGGGGUGGGCCUUCCUAGUGACAGCAUUCCCUAUGUAGUAUUCAAGGUCAUUGUUUGUCUUAUAGAAUAUCAUAGAGGUCAAAUCUGACAACAGAAUGAAAUGUGCAGCAGCUGAAAGAAAGUUUUUAAUGGAAUGAUUUGUUUGAACCUGUCCAUUAGUACCCCAUAAUACAGAACAAAAAAAUUAUUUGUACAGGCUACUUAUUAACAUGCGUCCAAAAGACACAUGAUUGCGCAUAGCGCUGAACCCAGAAGUGACUGAAAACAUCACUAAGCACAUCACUAAAAGGGCAGAACGGGGCAAGGCGUGCUUAUAUGCGCUCCACUGAUGCACUUGGGGGGCGGGAACGGAAAUAGUCAUUGACUGUACAUAAAUAUACUGAUUAACCCUGAUACUUAUUUUUACUUAUCUACUCAUCAGAGAUCCUUAUUAACUCAUAACCUAGCCUAAGUUCAGCAGCCACAUCUCAUACCUCAUUGACUCCUGGUAUGGUUGUAAUAUAAAAUCCACAGAUUGCAUUGUAUUUAAGUAAGGUUUUUUGUUUUUUUUUUACAAAAUAUAGCAGUGCUUCAGCCUGACUUACAUAUAUGCUAAAUAGCUUUUGUGUGCAGUAUGUAUUCAGGGUAGCAAAUUAUAUUUUGCUUCUCAAAAUUAUGGGAACAGGGUUGAAUCCUUUGUACUUUAAAGGCCUUUCCAGAGUUCUGAAAUCUGGUUGCAAACAUCUUUGAAUACACCACCUACAUUACAUAGUAAAAGAAAAAAAACAGAUAUCACCACUUUCCUUUUAAAAUGGUGUUGACUUGGCAAAUUGUAAUAUGUUUCUUGAUGUUUGACUUUUUCUGACAUUUGGGUUUUUCUUUGCGUUCUAAAACCUAGGUUGAAGAAUUGCUGGAGAAAUAUAUGGACUGCUAUGAUAUUGUGUUGGUGAAAGAUGACUCUUUAGAUGUGGCCAACUCAAUCUUACAAAAGAUUCUGUAAAGAGCAUCAUUGGAGUUUGCUUGUUUUCCUCCUGAUGAAGGCAGUUGGACAAAUCAGCAUGCCUGUGCUAUCUUAGAAUAUCAAUCUUGAUGCUGUUUUGUAUGGGAGUCACUUUAUUUGUAAAGUAAUAUACUGUAUCCAUGAUCUUCUGGACGCUCACCCCCUUUCCCCAUCACUUUUAAUGGAACCCCUUAUUUAUUCUAAUGGAUAGGUUGUAUGGAUAACUGGAAAAGAGUUCCUUCAGUUUAUAUUCAUGCACAAUAAAGGGAUGUUUUCAGAAUAUGUGAGACUGUUGUAGAAAAUGCAUGAGAAGCAUGGUGAAUAAGCACAUGUGCAGGUAAUUGACUUGAUCACAGUUCAUAAGUUGCACCUUUUGAGUUUAAGGGGUUUAAUAUUGCUGAUAUUUGUAUAUUCUUCAAAAAGAGACUUUGUGCCAGAGCACAGAUAAGAAAGCUUGCUAUUGACUACUCUCUUUGGUAUACAGGAGUGAAGACUAAACACUGCAGUCUUUAAAAUCAUGCUGGCUAUAAAAAUAAUGCUGAAGC